UAAGUUAAGGGUAGUAUUUAUUAUAGAGAUCCGUACCAGGACAGAUGAGGAUCACACCGCGUCUCACACGAAAGUGAGAAAAUGCUCUUAAAACGGUCUGAGAUUCGUGUGUUAUCAAAAGAGUGACUUUUUCCGUACUUCGCAGAGCACGGUGUAAGCAGCACUGAUCAAACCCAGGCGCGCAGGUGCCGAUCUGGAACGCGCGUUUCAGCAGCGCCGGGGCAGGAGCAGCUGCAGCAGUUGCCGUUCCCGUGGUGUCUGCCCGGGAUGUCAGUGCCUCCUCCGCCUGAGCCCAGCGAUAAUGGCAGCUCCUGGAAGAAUCCUCCCCAGUGAGGAAGUCAUUAAAGCAAAGUGUUCGUGUUCGCAGCUGAAGUCUGAUACAAUGUCUGCUUCUAGUGGCUUUCCUGCCCCAUCUGCACCACCUUCCUAUGAGGAGACAGUAGGAAUCAAUGUGAACUAUCCUCAUCCCUACCCUGUCCCAGAACCUGGGCCGAGACCAGAUGGGAAGGGAAUGAACCCUCCCCGGUACACAGGACAGCCUGUGCCAACAAGUACCCCAGUUACAGUUCAGACUGUGUAUGUGCAGCAACCAAUAGUGGUGUUCUAUGACCGCCCAGUUCAGAUGAGCUGCCCUUCCUGUAACCAGAUGAUCGUGACGCGUCUCUCGUAUGAGUCAGGAGCGUUGACCUGGCUGUCAUGUGGUGGCCUCUGCCUGCUGGGGUGCAUAGCUGGCUGUUGCUUAAUUCCCUUUUUCAUUGAUGCUCUGAAAGAUGUGGAUCACUUCUGUCCAAAUUGCAAUGCUCUUGUUGGUUCUUAUAAGCGUUUAUAGGCAGCGUGUAAACGCUAAUAGUUGAUUAGCACCUCUCUAAGACCUUACUGAAGCUUAAUGGAGGCUUCAUAGUUGUUUCUGUCCUGUUACUGGAAAUCAAUAAAGAUUAAUGUUUGUUGCCAGAUUGAAUAAGAACUUGCUAAGAAGUAAUGAUUCUGAUUUGGGCCUUUUUAGGGCUUGAUGGGCUGCUCAGUCCAGCAGCUAAAUGUUUGUCCCUUUCUGCCAUAUGCAAAACAGGCUGGUGAUGUUGGUCCAGUUAAUCUUAUCUCAACUGUGUUGCACACUGUGCGUUUGCUUGCUUUACAGCCUUGGCACAGACCACAGGGAGAAUGUCUGUAGAGAACUGUGCAGUCUUGUGCUUGGUGUUGAUGCUAUUGCAACAACAAAGUUCACAAACUGGCAGGUAGUUGCUUGCCUCUGAUGUAGGUGCCCCUCCGAUGAAAGAAGUAAUUUGGUCCCCAAUGUUAUCAGUUGGGUGCCUUUUUAUGAGCACUAAAAUGCAAUUCAAAACUUUCUGUGAAAGACAAUCAAACCUAAAGGCUUCUUCCUUCUCGGAAGCUGCAUUACCAAAUGGACAACUCAGGUUGUUGUGCAUCACUGGUGAUUGAAUGUAGUACCUGAAUUUCCUCACCAAUUUUCAGCCUGCUUGUAUCUUUACUUUGCAGUAAAGUUGCUUACUCGGAAAUUUUUAAUAUAUUUCUUCAUUUUUUCUUUUUUACUGCUGAUUUAUUAGUCUCAUUUUCCAAAUGAAAGGUAACUUCUGUUCUCAGAAACCUAAGCUGUAUGUGAUGGUGAACACAAAAAAUUAGAGUGACACUCUGAAGGUUGAAAUAUGUUAAACAGAAGACUUGGUCCAAGUAACCUCUCGGUUCAGUCGGGUGAUACCUGUCUGGAACAAGCAGACAGGUGUUCAGGCAAGGCUGUGAUGCUAACACUGUGUUCAUCUCUGUCAAAGGCUAAAAAUAAAUAUGAAUUUAAAAAUGCAUUUAUUGUUUUUUUCCUGAUGUGCCUUCUACAAAUAUUUGGUAUAUGGUAACUUUUCAGAAGUCUUUCAGCACUUCAUAUUUGAAACCUCUGAAUUCUGUGGGUCACAAAUACAACAGCUAGGCCUCAUUAAUUAGUCCUUGUAAAUUGCUGCUGCUUGUGGGUCAGCUUGCAAGUGGUUUAACAUCUUCCAUGUCUGUUCAUGUGUCUCUGCAGCUACUAGCUGGCGAGGCAAUGAUGGAGAGCAAAAGGCAGUACAGGACUCAUGGCUUUCUGCUCUGGUUGAGCACGACUUGCUCAGACUUCUUGUCUGCUGUGCCUCCACAGUAAUGGUUUUGAUGUUUUUGAGGAUCUGGGUGAUGCUUCAUUGAAGCUUCUUUGAAUUCUCCGAUUCUGCUGUCACUGAUUCUCACAUAUACAGAUCGUGCAUUUCUGUAAAGCCAUUUUUUUCCACUAGAUUCACAAAAAGAGUACUUUGUUAGCUUACCACCAGAGUAAGAUGGGAAGUAACGAAGCUCCCCCUUUCUCUAUGAAGUGCUGGAUGGAAAAUCUGAGGUGGUAGUACCACAAUUUAGAAGAACCCUGACCAAAAAAAAAAAGUGUGUUUUCUUUUGGUUUUGUGGACAUAAAGUGAUGCAGUCAGUUGCAUCACUUUAAAUUGCUCUUAUGGACUGAGAAUGAGAUACGUAAUGUGUUGGUGGCUGCUCCACGUAAUUAAGCAUUCUGCAAAAAUUUCUGCUGCCCCCUCUGUACUUAAAUUUCCUUGAAUACAAAGCCUGGAUUUGUUUUCUUGUGUAUGGGUUUAUCUAUGGAAUGCGCCAAGGUGACUUGCUUCAAGUUUAUUUUAGAUAGAGAAAUGGAAGUGCUUUGUUCGAUUAUGUUGCAGUCACUGGUUGUUUUUAAAACUGUUUACAUUUAAAAUAAAAACCUAUUUUCUA